AUGUUCAAUCGUGUUUUUUUUCUCCUCCUGACAGUGGCAGCUCCAGACUUAUUGGACCCUAAAUCUGCCACUCACAACACCAAGCCCCGCCUCUCCUUCUCCACAAAGCCAAUCACACUGACUCCCCGGGAGGAGAGUGAGGUGGUUUCCACAGUCAUGAAAUGGAAGACGGUGACAGCCAUCUUUCUUUUGGUGGUUCUGUACCUGGUAAUGGGAGCAGCCAUCUUCAGAUCUCUGGAGCAGCCUCACGAGAGUGCCCAGCGUUUGGCCAUCCUGUCCCAGAAGCUGGAGUUCCUGUCCAGUCACUCCUGUGUGAACCAGAGCCAGCUGGAGGAGCUGGUGAAGCAAGUUGUGUCUGCAAUCCGUUCAGGAGUAAACCCUGCAGGAGUCCUGACCAACCACAGCAGCCUAUGGGACCUGAACUCUGCCUUCUUCUUUGCUGGGACUGUCAUCACAACAAUUGGUUUUGGAAACAUCUCUCCUCACACAGAGGGUGGAAGAAUAUUCUGCAUCGUCUACGCGUUGCUAGGAAUCCCUCUGUUCGGCUUUCUUUUGGCUGGUGUAGGAGAUCAGCUCGGCACCAUAUUCGGCAAGGGCAUUGCCAGAGUGGAGAAAAUGUUUGUGCACUGGGACAUCAGUCAGACAAAAAUCCGGGUUAUCUCCACGCUGCUGUUUGUGUUGUUCGGCUGCCUGCUGUUUGUGGCGCUCCCAGCAGCCAUCUUUAAAUACAUCGAGGGUUGGUCUGCGCUGGAGUCCCUUUACUUUGUGGUCGUCACACUGACAACCAUUGGAUUUGGGGACUUUGUGGCAGGUGGCUCAGACAUAGAGUACUUAGAUUACUAUAAACCAGUUGUAUGGUUCUGGAUUCUGGUGGGACUGGCCUACUUUGCUGCCAUCCUCAGCAUGAUAGGAGACUGGCUCAGGGUCAUCUCCAAGAGGACGAAAGAAGAGGUCGGAGAGAUCCGUGCUCAUGCUGCAGAGUGGACGGCGAACGUCUCGGCAGAGUUCAAAGAAACCCGUCGUCGUGUCAGCGUCGAGAUCUACGACAAGUUCCAGCGCGCAGCCUCAAUUAAACGCAAACUGUCCACUGACAUGGGAUUUAGCCCCACCCCUGAACUCACUCUGCCCAAGAGGACUGUGUCGGUCAAUUUCAACGACGAACGGGACAAGAAGGAGAAGGAGGCCGGGCUGCAGGGCCUGAUGACGCCUCUGGCCAGAAACGGGGGUUCGCUCAUGAACGGUUUGGAUCCAGAAAGAGGCGAUGGCUCAACCAUCGAACACCUCAAGUAGAGAGACGAUGGCCAACACUUUUCUACAUCCUUCCAAGACCUUUACAUUUGUCAACAGUGCUGAAACCAGAUUAGCUUGACCAGAUAAACAGUUCAUAUUAAAUCAAGUAAAAAGGAUGAUAUGGCGCUUUGUGACCCCAGGAGCGCGUCUUCACCUCUCUGUAACUGGCUGGAGGGAAAGCUGAACACUCCAGUGGAUUUCUGACGACGGGACACUUUCCCCACCUCACCAUCCUCGUUACUACACAGAGACAAAGAGAGAGAAGAACCGUGAAGGAGUUGACCUCGUUGAAAACUCACUCAGUCUCUUGGAAAGAACAACAGUGGUUAAAACCUGCUAUUUACUGUAUAUGGUGACCUAAUGUAGAAAAGUCAGUAGAUUGUCUAAGGUGCCUGGCUGUGGUUUAGGAUACAUUUUAUACUACAAGGCUUUACAACAUACGUACAUUUAUUUCAUUUUAUUUUUUGAGCAUCCUUUUUUUAUGUCUGACUGUAUAGCAGCAAACACUUUGAGGUGACAUGCAGUUAAGGUCCCAGACUAAGUUCAGAUCAUCACCGGUGCAGUUAAUUCCAAUAGUAGCAUCUGAAAUAAUCUGAAUCAAAUGAAUAUGUAUUUUAAU